AGUGAAGGCACCUGUGGGGAGAGCCCUCACGGCAGUGUUGAUGUGAGCGCACCAGACGCCAUGAGGAUAAUUGGACCAGACGAUGAGGAGACAGGCAAGUUCCCCGUUGGGGACCGCGCAUGUUCCUUCGGCUGUAUGUUCCUGGCCACCAUGCUGCACGGAGUUGGUUCCGGCCUGGUUGGUGUCUUCAUUGCGCAUCUUAUUCGAACAGUGCAAAUCGUAGGGUUUGGUCAUGACCACGGCGGUUUUCUGGAGAUUGCUCUGGAAUCAAACCCUUGGAGACGGAUGGCCUGCGUCAUCGGAGGUGGAUUGAUUGGCUCAGCAGCUUGGUUCUGGCUCCGCGGACGACACAUCUAUUUGGUCACCGUGGAAGAGAGCCUCAAAGGUGCUCGAAUGCCACCUGUGGCCACUGUGAUGAAUGCCAUGGUGCAGGACAUUGUGGUGGCGCUGGGUGGCUCCUUCGGCCGCGAAGCGGCGCCGCGGGAGAUCGCCGCCAUGUGGGGCGGCUGGGUGGGCGACGCCUUCCGGGUCUCGCCGGAGCAGCGGAAGAUACUGGUGGCCUGUGGGGCUGGUGCCGGCUUGGCAGCGGUGUAUUCAGUGCCAAUUAGUGGCGCCUUAUACACCAUCGAACACGUCCUGAACUGGGACAUCUCCCUCGCAGCGGUGGUACCUGCGAUCACCACUUCGGUGGUCGCCACCUUGGUCACAAGCACCACAGUGGAAACGCACGGCUUGUACUCCAUGCCUCGUUUCAGCUAUGGGUGGCCCACCUGGGACGUUUGCCUCUGGGCCUUGCUGGUGGGGCCAGUGGCCGGUUUGGGCGCUGCCUGCUUCCGGCGCUUCAUCAAGUUCGUGGAAGGCUACAAGCCAUUGGGCCGCGUGCAAGUGGACUUUCAAAGCGUGAAAGAAGGUGAUGAAGUUUGGCUCAGCCGCAAUGACAAGGAUGGCUUCAUUUGUCGGGUGAAGUUCCGAAUCGUGCGCGUGGAGAACAGCGCAGAUGGCAUUGCAAGAGUCAAAGUGAGAACCACUGCAGCGGACGAAGAGUACGGAGAGGAAGAAGACAUGACCGAAGAGGACUGGGAUGAAGAGCAUGCAGAAGGUCAGAGAGAUUGGACGAUCUUUGUCUUCAUGCCACUGGCCUUCUUGGUUCUAGCUCUUCUCAGCCGUACCUAUCCCAGCCUGCUGGGCAACGGCCGCGCGCUGGCGGAAAUUGCCAUGCAAAGGCAGCGUAGUACACCCUUCUUGGGAAUGCUUCUACUGCUGAAGGCCCUCAUGACCGCCGCGGCCAUCGGCUCCGGCGCCGCCGGCGGCACCCUGACGCCCAGCGUGGCGCUGGGCGCCACGCUGGGCGCCAUCCUCGGGGAGUCUUACCAGCAAUACCUUCCUGACUGGGCUCCGUCCGAGGAUCAAGAUAGUCGGAUGUCAGUGGUGGCAGCAGCAGCCUUUUUGGCUGUGGCGAUGAACAGUCCAGUU